UUGUAACAGUGCCAACCACUGAACUAUUCUACUUGCUGGGGAUAUUCUUCUAAUUGAAAACACGAUUUCAGAAUCCAUAUUUUUUUUUUUUCUUGUAGUUUUCAUCGUGUCUUGUUGACCCAUCAAACGUUCUUCUUCUGCGUGGUUUGACUAACUGGUGGGGACACUGUUUGGUCCAGUUUGAGGAAAAAAAAAAAAAAGAAAAAAGAGAAGGAAAAAAGGGGCUUAAUCAUACUCGGCUUUUGCGACCCUGUUUUUUCUGUGCAAUUUUUCGAUAAUUUCGAAGCUGGGUUUUUCUGUACAAGGUUUUUCAGCACCUGGGUCUGUUGUGUUUUAGGUGUUAGUUGGCUUUUGGCCUUUAUGUUCUUUCCUAAUCUCCUCAGAUUUUCGAGGUUUUGGGGAUAAGGGUUUUAAACUUCUGGGGUCUUGUGGGAGGAUUUUACUUGCCAUUUGUGUUCAAUCACAAUUGAUUAAGGAUUUUUUUGCAGUAUUAGGAAGUAGAGAAAUGUUGAGACAUUAAUGAAAAGGCUCUUGAAGCUGUAAUAGUCUUUUGUGGGUUUCAAUUGUUUUUUGUUUUGUGUUUUGGUGAAAUGGGGAGUAAUGGGGAUGAUCAUCAUCCUAUGAAGCAUUUGGAUCAUCAUCCUAUGAAGCAUUUGGAAGAAAGUGUUAAUCAUUUUGACCAGCAGAGUGGUGGUGGUGGUGGUGAUAAUAACUCUGGAAAUGAACAAUCUGAUGCGGAAAAUCGGAAGACGAAAUCGGAGGAGAAGCGCUCGUCAGUCCUAAUGGCUCUGUCAAAGGAGUUCAACAACAGCUCUUCGCCUCGGAGAGGCUUGGAUCAUUGCGUCACUGCACCUGUUGGAACCCAUAAAUGUUUAAUAAAUGAUGAUCAUGGGAUUACAUUCUCUCGAUCCAUGACGGAGAAGCUAGAUAGAUUGUCAGAGCGUGAAAAGCAACAACUUAUUGUUGAUCUAGUCAAGAUACAAAAUGAUGGAACUGUAGAAGUCGAUUUAGAAAAACAUGGACCAGUUGCUUGUGAGUUGUUAGAGCUUCAGAGCAUUGAAGGGGCACCUAUCUUUAUUGCUGGUACGAAUUCCAAAGCCGGUAAAUCAAUUCCAAGGUUGAAAAUUGUCAUGCUUGUAGUUGGUACGAGAGGAGAUGUUCAACCUUUCUUGGCUAUGGCAAAGCGGCUUCAGCAGGAAUUCGGUCAUCAUGUUAGGUUGGCCACUCACUCAAACUUCAGCACUUUUGUAAAAUCAGCCGGAGUAGACUUCUAUCCUUUGGGUGGUGAUCCUCGGGUUUUGGCAGGAUAUAUGGCUAGAAACAAAGGUCUCAUCCCAUCUGGACCAAAAGAAAUAUCACUACAAAGGAAGCAGUUGAGGGCCAUCAUCGAAUCGCUUCUUCCGGCAUGCACAGAACCAGAUUUGGAAACCGGGGUUCCCUUUAAAGCACAGGCAAUUAUUGCAAACCCUCCUGCUUAUGGACAUGCACAUGUUGCUGAAGCCCUUGGUGUACCUCUUCACAUUUUCUUCACAAUGCCAUGGACGCCGACAUAUGAAUUUCCCCAUCCACUGGCACGUGUUUCUCAGAUUGCUGGCUACUGGCUUUCAUAUAUCGUUGUGGAUUUAUUGAUAUGGUGGGGCAUCAGGGGAUAUAUUAAUGACUUCAGAAAGAGAAAGUUGAAGAGCGCUCCCAUUGCAUAUUUCAGUACGUACCACGGAUCAAUAUCUCAUCUCCCAACAGGCUAUAUGUGGAGUCCUCAUGUCGUGCCAAAGCCCUCUGAUUGGGGACCUUUGGUUGAUGUUGUUGGGUAUUGUUUUCUAAACCUUGGGUCAAAGUAUCAACCACAAGAGAAGUUUGUUCAGUGGAUUCAAAAAGGGCCCAAACCCGUAUAUAUUGGGUUUGGAAGUAUGCCCCUAGAAGAUCCCCAGAAAACCACGCGUAUUAUUCUGGAGGCACUGAAGGACACAGAACAACGAGGAAUAAUUGACCGUGGUUGGGGGGACCUCGGAACUUUAAUGCAAGUCCCGGUAGAUGUUUUCCUUCUGGAGGAUUGCCCUCAUGAUUGGCUGUUUCCUCAAUGUUCAGCUGUGGUCCAUCAUGGUGGUGCCGGAACUACGGCUACAGGACUAAGAGCUGGGUGUCCAACAACCAUAGUUCCGUUCUUUGGGGAUCAGUUCUUUUGGGGUGAUAGAAUAAAUAAAAAAGGACUGGGACCCACACCUAUACCGAUAUCUCAACUCAGCGUCGAGAAUCUCUCAAAUGCUAUAAGAUAUAUGCUCCAGCCAGAGGUUAAAUCUCGAGUGCUGGAGGUAGCGAAGUUGAUAGAAAACGAAGACGGCGUUGCGGCUGCAGUGGAUGCAUUCCAUCGGCACUUACCAUCCGAGAUACCGAUAACAUCUGCAUCAUCGGAUGACGAUGAACCUCCCAACCCUUUGCAGCGGUUCUUUAUUAAAAUUGGAAUGGUGUGUUGCCUGCCAUGUGGUGGCUUGUGGUCUUCUUGAUGUAUCUCUUAAUUGUCCAUUAGAUUUUUUUCCUUUUUUUUUUUUUUUUUUUUCUUUCUAAUGGUUUCAUAGAAUUUUGGUUUAGCAUCUCAUUCAUUUUAUUCAUGGGGGGCUCUCCUGUAUAGGGUUUGGCUUUUUUUUUUUUUUAAAGUAUUUUGUUCUUGGUGUUAUCUAACAAUAUAGUGUUGAUUCUUUACUUAGAAAAAUAAAGAACUAAGAG